GAGGAUAUAAUGCCGCGACAAAACCAAAACGGACGAGCUCAGAGCUAAGCUGUUUCUCGCGCAUAUUCCAUUUCUUUCUUGGUUUGAAUUGCCUUUUUCUCAAAUGCUUCUCUGAAACAACAAAUUCUUCCAUUCUUACUUUCUCUUCUAAUCCAUCCAUAAAUUCGGAGUUUUUCCAGUUAUUUGUUUCUGAAUCCAUGGCGACGCUCACCGGUUUCCGCUUCACCACAGUGGAUUUCAAUUUCAGCUUCAAAUCCCGAGAAAUUCCCAAAAUCCAAUUAUUGGAGCGUAGGAAAGCCAGGAAUUCUUGCUUCCUGUGCAGCAAAAUCUUCAGGAGAGAGAGAAUUCAGCUCUCCUUCAGGAAUUUCGGUAGGUUUCGGUGUUUCAGCACUGACAACAAUGCCGGUGAUGAUAAAAAUGGUAACACUGCGACUUCAAACGACAACAAUGGUGUAAAAAAGACGACGACGACGACGACGGCGACUUCCACGGCACCAACUGAAGAGGAAGAAGAGACGCUGAAAAAUGAGUUUGAGUCGGAGAAGACCACGCCUGCUUCGGUUUCUUCAAGGCCGUCAACUACGCCGUCGUUUGGACCAGCUUACAGCAAUUUCCAAGUUGACUCUUUUAAGCUUAUGGAACUUCUUGGACCUGAAAAGGUUGAUCCUGCCGACGUAAAGUUGAUUAAGGACAAGCUUUUUGGGUAUUCUACGUUCUGGGUGACCAAAGAAGAGCCUUUUGGAGACCUUGGUGAAGGGGUUCUUUUUCUUGGGAACUUAAGGGGAAAGAGAGAGGAUGUGUUUACUAAACUCCAGAGUCAGCUGGUUGAGGUAACUGGUGACAAGUACAACCUUUUUAUGGUUGAGGAACCCAAUUCAGAAGGACCAGACCCACGUGGUGGUCCACGUGUCAGCUUUGGCUUAUUGCGGAAAGAGGUCUCAGAACCAGGGCCAACAACACUUUGGCAAUAUGUAAUUGCUCUUUUGUUAUUCCUUCUUACAAUAGGUUCCUCUGUGGAACUAGGAAUUGCAUCUCAGAUUAAUAGACUUCCACCUGAGGUGGUGAAAUACUUCACAGAUCCAAAUGCGAUUGAGCCACCAGAUAUGGAGCUGUUAUUCCCUUUUGUUGAUUCCGCUUUACCGCUAGCUUAUGGUGUCUUGGGGGUUUUGCUAUUCCAUGAAGUUGGGCACUUUCUGGCCGCAUUUCCCAAAAAAGUGAAACUCAGCAUUCCUUAUUUCAUUCCUAAUAUCACUCUUGGAAGCUUUGGUGCUAUCACACAGUUCAAAUCUAUUCUUCCUGAUCGGAGUACACAAGUAGACAUAUCACUCGCGGGCCCAUUUGCUGGUGCUGCACUGUCUUUUUCAAUGUUUGCUGUAGGCCUGCUGCUUUCAUCUAAUCCUGAUGCCGCUGGAGACCUGGUGCAGGUUCCAAGCAUGCUGUUUCAAGGUUCUAUACUUCUUGGACUCAUCAGUAGAGCGACCCUUGGUUAUGCAGCCAUGCAUGCAGGGACUGUUGCGAUCCAUCCUCUUGUGAUUGCUGGCUGGUGUGGCUUAACAACCACUGCUUUUAAUAUGCUUCCAGUGGGUUGUCUUGAUGGUGGAAGAGCUGUGCAGGGUGCUUUUGGAAAAGGUGCAUUGAUUGGAUUUGGUUUGACAACUUACACGCUGCUCGGAUUGGGAGUGCUCGGUGGACCUUUAUCGCUUCCAUGGGGACUGUAUGUGCUCAUCUGUCAGAGGACACCCGAGAAACCUUGCUUGAAUGAUGUCACAGAGGUUGGGACAUGGAGGAAAACUUUUGUUGCAGUGGCUAUUUUCCUUGUUGUGCUGACACUUCUUCCGGUAUGGGAUGAGCUUGCAGAGGAGCUAGGUAUAGGUCUUGUAACCACUUUCUGAUGUGUAAAAUGUAGAUCAUACCAAACUCAAUUUUGACACUAAUUUAAUCCGAUGGUAAAUUGAUAGUCAAAGUGAGCAAUCUUCAAUACGCAUUCAACCUUGUAAUUAUCAUUCUUAUUCUAAUUUCUUCAAUAAAAUUGGU